CGCGCUUCCGGCGCCUCUUGGCGGGCUGGCGGCGCUGCGGGCGGGGUCGCCGUUGCCGGGCGGAAGCGGCUGUGAGGCGGUUAAAGGGGCUCUGAGGCGGGAAAGGGCGGAGAGUGGCGGUAGGACAGGACGGCCGCUUGAAUUCCCUGGUCCCGUCCUCCGCUCCGCUUCCCAGCCGCUCCCACCAGGUGCAGCAUCCCUCCUCCCACUCCGCUCUCCCCGAGGUCGCAGCAUCCCUCUUUCCCGGCCCAUCAUCCAUGGGGCGCAGCGGGGAAAUGGUCUCCCGAGCCACUGACCGGCUGCUGAUCGUCGUCUCCGUCCUGGAAGGGCGCUGUUUUCCGAAACGACCCCAGCACAUGCUUAUAGUUGAAGCAAAGUUUGAUGGUGAACGGUUGGCUACUGAUCCUGUAGAGCAUACUGAUCAGCCAGAAUUUGCUACGGAAUUGGCCUGGGAACUUGAUAGGAAAGCACUUCAUCAGCACAGGCUGCAGCGAUCACCUAUCAAACUCCAGUGUUUUGCGUUGGAUCCUGCAACUUCAGCUAAAGAGAAUAUAGGCUAUGUUGUACUUGAUUUAAGGUCUGUGCAGGAAAAGAGACAGGCACCGAAGUGGUAUCCUCUGCUCAGUAACAAGUACAGUAAAUUUAAAUCUGAAAUACAAGUAGGUGUUGUGUUAGAGACUGAUUUAAAAGCACCAGUUGAUGGCUUUAAAGUAAGGGAGGCACCCCUUAGAGAAACGAAGGCAUCUGCCCUUCCUUCUGAAAUAGACCCUAUAAGUAUUUUGCCAGUCUUGAAUGAAGAAGAGGGCUAUCAUCAAAUUGGACCAGCACAGUACUGCAGAGACUACUUUGUCUUGUCUGUAACCGUUGUGUUUGCCACACAUUUGGAACAGUUAGUUCCUAGUACCAUGAAGCUUCCUGAAGGACGGCCUGAGUUUUUUUUCUAUUACUCAUUACUGGGAAAUGAUGUUGCAAAUGAACCUUUUUUCUGAUUUAAUUAAUCCAAACUUUGAGCCAGAAAGAGCUUCAGUUCGAAUACGUAGUAAAGCUGAUGUCC